AGACUCAGUCUCGAAAGCGAUAUUGGCGAGUGUGAACGUGUUUACUUGGGCUUCGAUUGCCAAUACACAAAACCAACUUAACGAUGGCAAUUACGCGGCGUCUUCCCUGGCCGAAGCUGCUGUUUUUGUUUGUCUGGCUGUGUCUGGCAUUGGAUACAAAUCGUGCAGCUCGAGUGCCCAGCGAUCAGUUUGUGUUUCCCUCGGAGUCCAAGCCAAAUGCCACAGCCAUUCGACUGGAAUCCAGGCUCAAGGAAAUCGAGCGAGAAAUGGCGGAGGUGACCAGAGCCACAAAUGUAAAUCUAUCAAUCCUCAAAGAAAUCAAAAAGGGCACGCCGAGAACUACGGCUAACGACAACGAGCCUGAGUCGCCAGCAAAUACUACCAAUGAAACGAAAAACUUGACCGAAACCCAGGGAAAUUCAUCAACACAAGAGAUUAAAAUGAACGAAAAUCAUACACAUCCUUCCAGCGAGUCCAAGAUGAUAACCUUCGGCAAGGAAUCUAGUUCAGAUAAGCCAGCGCCUUGGGAUCAUACGGAAGCCACCAAUGCCAGCAAUUCCACUAGUGUGGUGAUUGGGCCUAGGAUUGUCCUGGAAACAUCGCCAAUUUGUCCAAAAGGCACUAUCCUGACUGUAAAUGAUCAUUGCCGGAAGAUUGCCUAGAUUAAAACUGGGAACAACUGAGAAUUAACAAAAAUUAAAAAAAUAUAUUGAAAAUAUUGUUAUAUUGAAAUUCUCCGAUUCACAUACAUGUAUGUUUCUAGCAUCAAUUAAACACAGUGCUUAUAGAGUUUCAAUA